AUGGAAUUCGAACCGAAACCGGAUAGGUCCGGUUUGGUUCGGAUUUCUGUAUGGAUAUUGAGCAGAACCGGUCCAAACCGAACCGGAUUGCACUAUUGGAUCAGACUUCUUGGUAAAGGUGGGAGGGUUGUUGAUAAAGGAUAUAGACUUCUUGGUAUUGAUUUUCUGAGGGUUAUUGAUGGUUCAACGUUUUAUCAAACCCCGGGUGCUAAUCCUCAAGCUACUGUCAUGAUGCUUGGAAGGCAAGUACAUGGGGCAAAGGAUUCUGCAUGA